AUGUCAGGCCUAAUAUGUUCUUUGAAGUCGAAGGACUUCGCAUCUGGCAGUAUAUCCCUGAGUCGAUACCGCAAAGGGCUCAAAGGUCAGAAUCCGCGUCGAGAGAAUGGUCUGCAGCGGCCUGAAAUGCCCAUUCUUGCAUGGCGCCGAACACGGUCGAACGAGCCCCUGUUCCGGGAAUUCCAGACACCGUUGACUGAAGACAGCAAAACUCGACGUGUCCUGCGUAUCCUUGACGACCCGAAACCAGUGAUGCGCUUCCUUUGA